AUGGCGGCGGCGGUGGCGGUGGCGGCCGCGUCCCGGCGCCAGUCGUGCUACCUGUGCGACCUGCCGCGCAUGCCCUGGGCCAUGCUGUGGGACUUCAGCGAGCCCGUGUGCCGCGGCUGCGUCAACUACGAGGGCGCCGACCGCGUCGAGUUCGUCAUCGAGACGGCGCGCCAGCUCAAGCGGGCGCACGGCUGCUUCGCCGAGGGGCGCUCGCCGCCGGGCCCCGCCGUGGCCGCCGCCGCCGCCAAGCCGCCGCCGCCGCUCUCGGCUAAGGACCUUCUCCAGCAGCAGCAGCAGCAGCAGCAGCAGCAGCAGCAGCAGCUCGCCCACGGCGGCCCCGAAGCCAGCCCGCGCGCCCCGCAGGCGCUGGAGCGCUACCCGCUGGCCGCCGCCGCCGAGCGCCCGCCGCGCCUCAGCUCCGACUUCGCCGGCAGCCGCGCCGCCGCCGCCGCCCUGGGGCUGCCGCCCAGCGCGCAGCCGCCGCCGGUGAACGGCAUCCUGGUGCCCAACGGCUUCUCCAAGCUGGAGGAGCCGCCCGAGCUCAACCGCCAGAGCCCCAACCCGCGGCGCGCCCACGCCGUGCCGCCCACCCUGGUGCCGCUCAUGAACGGCUCGGCCGCGCCGCUGCCCGCCGCCCUGGGCCUCGCCGGCCGCGCCGCCUCGCUGGCCGCCGCCGCCGUGUCCGUGUCGGUGUCCGGCGCCGCCGCCGCCGCCGCCGAGCUGGGCGCGCACAAGCGGCCCGCGUCCGUGUCGAGCAGCGCGGCCGGGGAGCACGAGCCGCGCGACGCCGCGGCCAAGGAGAAGCCGCCGCUGUCGUCGUCCUCGUCGCAGUCGCACCGCGGCCCCGCCGACAGCCUGGCCGCCGCCGCGCCCGGGGCUUCCGAGCUGGGCGCCGCCAACGCCGCCGAGGGCGCGGGCAAAGGCCGCGGGCCGCCCGCCGAGCAGGACUGGGUCAACCGGCCCAAGACCGUGCGGGACACGCUGCUGGCGCUGCACCAGCACGGCCACUCGGGCGCCUUCGACGGCAAGUUCAAGAAGGAGCCGGCCCUGGCUGCAGGCAGGUUGCUGGGCUUCGAGGCCAACGGGGCCAACGGGGCGAAAGCAGUAGCAAGAACAGCGAGGAAAAGGAAGCCUUCACCAGAACCUGAAGGUGAAGUUGCCCCUCCUAAGAUCAAUGGAGAGACACAGCCGUGGCUGUCCACAUCCACAGAGGGGCUCAAGAUCCCCAUUACACCUACAUCUUCUUUUGUGUCUCCACCACCACCCACUGCCUCACCUCAUUCCAACCGGACCACACCCCCUGAAGCGGCCCAGAAUGGGCAGUCUCCCAUGGCAGCCCUGAUCUUAGUCGCAGACAAUGCAGGGGGCAGUCAUUCCUCGAAAGAUGCCAAUCAGGUUCACUCCACUACCAGGAGGAAUAGCAGCAGUCCACCUUCUCCAUCCUCUAUGAACCAAAGACGGCUGGGCCCCAGAGAGGUUGGGGGCCAAGGGGCAGGCAGCACUGGAGGACUGGAGUCGGUGCACCCUGCCAGCCUCCCGGACUCCUCUCUGGCAGCCAGUGCCCCCUUGUGCUGUACCCUCUGCCAUGAGCGGUUGGAGGACACCCACUUUGUGCAGUGCCCGUCUGUCCCUUCGCACAAGUUCUGCUUCCCUUGCUCCAGACAAAGCAUCAAACAGCAGGGAGCUAGUGGAGAGGUCUAUUGUCCCAGUGGGGAAAAAUGCCCUCUGGUGGGCUCCAAUGUCCCUUGGGCCUUUAUGCAAGGGGAAAUUGCAACCAUCCUUGCUGGAGAUGUGAAAGUGAAAAAAGAGAGAGACUCGUGACUUUUCGGUUUCAGAAAAACCCAAUGGUUACCCUUAACUAAAACUGCUUGAAUUGUAUAUAUAUAUAUAUAUCUCCAUAUAUAUAUAUAAAUAUAUAUAUAUAUAUAUCCAAGACAAGGGAAAUGUAGACUUCAUAAACAUGGCUGUAUAAUUUUGAUUUUUUGAAUACAUUGUGUUUCUAUUUUUUGACAACAAAAGGUAUGUACUUAUAAAGGCAUUUUCUUCUUUUGUUAAUGUUAUUAGCAUAUCUUUGUGCUUUAUUAUCCUGGUGACAGUUACCCUUCUAUGUAGGCUGUGACUUGCGCUGCUUUUUUAGAGCACUUGGCAAAUCAAAUGCUUCUAGCUGUAUUUGUAUGCACUUAUUUUAAAAAGAAAAAAAAAGCCAAAUACAUUUUCUGACAUUGUAAGAUUGCCUUACUGUCUGUUAUUCCUUAUUGCUGGCUCCUUUCUCAGGCUGGAAGCCAAUUGGUGAAGAAGGAAAGGAAAUGAGUGAAAGGGGCACUGUUGUGAAGUGGGCAUGCCACUAGGGAAUAUCACCAAGUUGAUCCCAAAACAUUGUCCUCUUAGAGUAAUAGGAAAAUUGAUUUUGAAUCUUUGUCUGUUUUGUUUUUCAAGUUUAAUUCUGGGAUUAUUGAUGACUGCCUGAGAGUUGCUGCUGAGAUUUUCAGGAUUGUGUGGUGGGGGGAGGGGCUUUUUUUUUUUUUUUUUUUUUUUAGGAGAAAGUUGACCACUGUUCACUACUCAUGUGAUCAGUUGUAAAAGAUUACAAAUGCUGCAUGCUAGUUGGUUACAUAAUAUACAAUUCAGUGAAGAAAGGCAGUGAUGAUAAUGCGUAGUGGUGUGUUUAAGAUGGUACUGCCAUCUUUGAACAGAGCUGGGCUCUGCAAUGCCACUUCACCCUUUUAAAUAUCCUAGAACUGUUGUUUUUUCCUUUGAAGAGUCAAAAGAGAAGUUACAGUCCAGGUGAAUUUGGAGAUUGUGGGAUUGGUUUUAUUUCUGUUCUGUCUUUGGGGGAUUUUUUUGUUUGUUUUUUAAUCACUUACCUGUAGUGCUAUUGCUGUUGAUACUAUCACCUACAUUCUGUUUCUAGUGAGUGCUAAAUACAGUAUGGUACAAUGACAGUAACAAGGCAUGGUGCUGCCAGGACUGCCCAUGGGCAUAUCAGUGACAGCCCGAUGGGGGUGGAGGAAAACUGUAAUUUCCUUCUUACAUGUGUUUGAAAUACCAAGUGAAUAAUACUGUUUUUCUGGGAAAAAUGAUUAACUAGUAAAAAUGACAGGGUUUUACAUAAUAGGCCCCACCUCUCAAAACUAUUAUUAGAAGCCUUUUGUAAACUAAUUUCUUUUGAUCACUAUUUUGCAUCAGUAAAAUAAUUUUUAAACCAAUAAAUUCAUCGGUUAUUAGAAA